GACUAGAGCGCUGUCAUCUCUGAUGACCACUGUUCCAGUGGAGAGUCCUAUCUAGUUUAGCAGUUGUAAUCGACCUUACGAACUUUCGUAGCUACCUCUCAGUUGUCGAAGCUAACAAAAUGUAGCCUUACAUCUCCAGACAGAUAUGGUGAGGGGGGGUGCGUGGCCCUCGCCUUGAGAUGAAGCUGAGCUUUCUGCAGAAUGGAGAUGGCAGGUUUUUCUGGUGGAAAUGGAGGUAAAGUUUCUUGAGACUGUUCCUGAGUUCCAGUGGAGGGAAAAGCGUUUAUAGUGUCGUAUGGCAGAAGGGAGGUCAAGGGAACACAGCCUGGUUGGGAGGGGACAUCUGCAUCCUUCACUGUGGUCACAAACCAUGAAUAUUGUGGGCCAGUUUGCGGAGACAGUGUUUGUGACGGUGAAGGAGCUGUACCGUGGCCUUAACCCCGCCACGCUCACGGGAGGGAUCGACGUCAUUGUGGUGCGACAGCCCGAUGGAUCGUUCCAGUGUUCCCCCUUUCAUGUCCGCUUCGGCAAGCUGGGUGUGCUGCGCUCCAAGGAAAAAAUUGUGGACAUUGAAAUAAAUGGAGAGUCAGUUGACCUGCACAUGAAGCUGGGAGACAAUGGAGAAGCGUUUUUUGUGGAGGAAAAUGAAAACAUGGAGUCUGAGGUCCCAGCCCACCUGUGCACCUCCCCAAUCCCUCUUGAGGUCCCUGAGGAGAUAGAGGAGACCCCUGAGGGAUCCUCCAUCGCUGGGUCUGGCACCCGCAGGAAGAAACGGCGUCGCAAACGCAUGCGCUCUGAUACUCACCUGAGAGAAGAGGCCCGCUCCUCAUCGGAUGAGAGAGAAAGAGAGAGGGAGUGGGAGAGAGAAAGUGAGGCCGGGCAGGAGAGUCCUUUGAAAGAUGAGCCUGUCCAACCUUUGCAAGUCAGUAAAUCAGUGUACUACUCACUGUCUGAGGAGCCAAAUGAGGAGCUGGGGGCCACACAGACCAGAGACACUCAUCCACACUCAGAGGGAGAGCAGUCCCCCUUAGAAAGCAGCGUGUUCUUUAGCCGGCCUUCCUCUCCUAAGAGCGACUCCGAGCUCCUCAAACCCCAAGAGUCGUCUGAGCCUCAGAUACAGUGGAACUGGGGCGGUUUUCCCACGCUGUGUCAAUCUGAGAGGACACCAGUGGAGUUGCAGCGCAUCUCCCCUUCCCACAGUUCUCAUUUCCGCACCAUUGAGAGACAGGACUCCUUUGACAUGGGCCAUGAGCCUGUGAUCAGCUGUGGCAGAAUGGGCAGUGUAACAGUGGUCAGGCCACAACCCAGGACUCAGUCCUUAGACCUAGGUAGCCACACUGUGCAAAUCACCCCUUUAUCUGGAGACAAAACCUCUCACUUUGCCCAUUCCACCCCCAGUGACCUCUUCAAGUCUUGUGCAUCAACAGUGGAAACUGAUGAGGACUCGACACAGGCACCUGAAUCCACAUUAGGAGAAAAGGGGAACAAAGACUCAUCUUUUUCGUCAGCUAAUCUAAUUAAUGGCACCAGUUCUCUUGCAAGCAAAGGACGCAUCAGUGUGGAGCAGAUAACUACUGUGACUGACAGUGUGACCAAAUUCAAUGACGCACAAAAACAACUUAUAGAAGAGAGCGAACGCUGCACAGUCACUGCGACAAGUAGUACAGAGAUAUCGAGUCCACAGCAGCAGGGUGCCUCAUCAGAGCAAAGUGAGCAGGGUUCCAGCAGCAGUGCCCCUGUCAGCGAGGGGGACAGUGGGAUAGAUCCCUGUGCCGAGGGAGCAGAGGAGGAAGGUGGACCUGGAGGUGGUGAAGGCUCACUGACCAACAAAACUGAGGGAUCAGCAAACUCCUCUGAGGCAUCCUCCAGAGUGGAGCAGCAGGACAAGAAGAAAGGUAGACGUAAUCACCAUCUAGGACCAACAGAUAUUUACUUGGACGAUCUUACUAAGUUGGAUCCUGAGGUGGCUGCACUGUACUUCCCAAAGAGUGAGACCGAGGGAACGUCUCAGCAUGGGGCAGAGGGGGGCUCCUGCUCAGGGAGCCAGUCACCUCAGUCCGUGGGCAGCGGGGCCUUGGACAGCGGUACAGAGUACCUGUCAGAUUCCACCUCCUACAACAUGGAUGUCAGCAUGUCCCUCUGCGGACAAGAUGGCGAAACCAGCCACAUCACUAAAGAAAAGUUUAUGGAGCACAUCGUGACAUACCAGGAUUUUGCAAACAAUCCAGGAAUCAUCGAGGAUCCAAGCCUUGUGAUCUGCAUCAACUCCAACUAUUAUAACUGGGCAGUGGCUGCUCCCAUGGUCUUGUCAAUGACGACUUUCCAAAAAAGCCUACCCAAGAGUACGAUAGAGCGUCUGGUGAAGGAUAAGAUGCCCAAAAAGUCUGGACGCUGGUGGUUCUCCUGGAGGAGAAGAGACAUGGACAGUAACCAGCAAAAGACCUCAAAGGAGGAGCAAGAGGAGCCACUUACAAGUGUUUCUCCCACAGUAAAAGCCACACUGGAUGACAUUGACAGCGAUGAGGCGGCAGGCCUCGGCCGAAAAGCCAUGAUUCCUUCCAGCCUAUCACAAGAAACCCUCAAUGCCACUCAGUGUAUCACCCAGAUGUACCGCAAAUCACUACGCCUGACCUCUAAACAGAUAGAGCACUUAAACCUACGUGAUGGAGCCAACAAGGUGGUGUUUAGCGUCACCACACAGUACCAAGGCACCUGUCGUUGUGAGGCUGCCAUCUACCUGUGGAACUGGAAUGAUCGCGUCAUCAUAUCCGACAUCGAUGGCACCAUCACUAAGUCUGAUGCUCUGGGUCAUAUUCUACCUCAGUUUGGAAAAGACUGGACACACAAAGGCAUCGCCAAACUCUACCACAAAAUACAUCAAAAUGGCUAUAAGUUCCUGUAUUGUUCAGCGCGGGCCAUAGGUAUGGCUGCCAUUACUAAAGACUACCUUCACUGGGUCAAUGACAAAGGCAUUGUCCUCCCUCAGGGCCCUGUACUGUUGGCCCCCAGCAGCCUCUUUUCAGCUUUACACAGAGAGGUUAUUGAGAAGAAGCCGGAGGUGUUUAAAAUAGCCUGUCUCAGUGACAUCAAGGACCUGUUCAACCCACAGAGACGGCCCUUCUACGCAGCCUUCGGCAACAGGACUAACGAUGCUUAUGCCUAUAAGCAGGUUGGGGUGCCUGACACCAGGUUAUUUACCGUCAACCCAAAAGGAGAGCUCAUUCAAGAGAGGACUAAAGGCAACAAGUCCUCGUACAGCCACCUCAGUGAGUUGGUGGAACAUUUCUUCCCCAUGCUCUCUGUCGGGGGAAGCACCUCUGCUUUCGACUGCCCUGAGUACAGCAGUUUCGCCUAUUGGAAGGAGCCUCUGCCAGAACUGGACCUGGAUGCACUACUGUAGACACACACUCACCUUUUCCUAAACACACACAUACUUGUUUUCAGGCAGGCACACAUAGUAAACUGCCUUUGUUCUCUCCUCUUCCAGAAAGGCAUUUGAUAGGAUAUUUCCCAGCAUGCCUGAAUACUGCCUUUGAUAGACCUGCCAACUGUAGUGCCUGUUUAUGAGACUUAAAAUAAAAAAUAAACUGGAGCAGAAAGAGCUGACUGUCCCGUCAUAUAGAGAUAGAGCCAAAUUAACUCAUAAUAGGCAUGGGCUCAACAUUUCAAAAAUAAGUCUAAAAAUCAUGAUGCAGCCCUUUAUCUCAGUGCUCCUCUAGCUAAGCUGUUUAUGCAAUAUUUAGCCAUUUUAAUGUGAACAUUCAACACUGAACAACUGGACAUAUAUGCCUUUGGACUGUUUGAACAUUUUAUUAUUGUUUACCAGAAUCAUAGUCAUUCCAAAAUACGAAUUUAAACUCUUAUCUGAUGUUUCCUAACACUGUGACACAUUUCAGCUCUGAAUGCAAACACCAAAAACACAGAGAGAAAACGAGUUGUAUUAGAAAAGCAUUAAGUGAUGCCUAUAUCACACACGCCAAAACUGUUGCCUGUUUUCUGUAAUUGAUGUGGACAUUUUAAUUUACUCAUGCCCAGGUACACACACACACACACACACACACACACACACACACACAGAGCUACAAAACAAACCACUUAUCCUUCAUACAUUUUAGAUUGUAUGUCUAGUAGACAAAAUAGUGUCUUUGGAUGUGAGUGUCAACAUGUACCAAGCAACCAAAUAUGGUAUGAGAAUGUUUUUAAAAUGCUUUGGAUCAUUUUAGUCUGUUUGAGAUCUGUUGAGCAAUAUUCUUUUUCUGUCAAGGACAAGGGUCUAAUUACAUUUCACUCACCUGAGUCAAAAGUAAUUAGAGCUCUGGAUGGGAGGCUAGAUUUAAGGUGGGUUAACUGCUGAACCAAAGCCUGCAGCUGAAUAUGGAGCUUCAGACCGUAGCAUUUUAUUUUUAAAUACCUGAGGACUGCGAUGACAAGUCAAUCUGAGCAUAUGAUCAUUAUAAAACUACAACAUGCACAUUUCACAUCUUCCUUCAAGCAUUACCAAGUUUAGAAAUGUUUGUACACUACAUGAAUGCGGCGGUGGGUCAGACUGACUUGACCAGAGAAGUGUAAAUGGACACUGGAGGGGAACAGCAGUGAUUACGCCUGUAGCUGUGCCUUCGUAUUAUUAUGACUAUUUAUUACUUUUGCAUAUAUUUCUUCAUCCAAAUGUGUGCUGAUGCAUUGGAGCUGAGGAUUUUGCUGGUACUUUUUAAACCAAAUGUAGAAAUAUGAAUAAAUAAAUAAAUAAUACAUUUGACGCUGUUUAUGCAA